UCAAUAUUUGCUCAUGGAUUUGUUAACAAGAAUUAAGUACUCGUUUCGCUUUUGUUUACUUCAACAACCCAUAUUUGAUAGAUUGUGUGUCAAACCUUGUAUUCUUGUUAAAACCUGUUAAGAGGGAAAUGGCUCAAAGGUAUCUUGGCCCAUUUUUUUUCUGUGUUUUUAUUUUUUGUAAUCUUAUUUAGCUGGUAUAUUUACCAGGACACACUGGCUUGAACCUCUGUGAUUAAAAAUCUUGAGAUUAUAAUGGGACCAUAAAAUACACAUUGUAUUAGACUCCUGAUAAGUUUAUUCAUGAAAUAAAUGGCAUCCUGAUAGAAAUAAUAAUAUAAUGACAGAGUGAGGCAGGAAAUCAGCCAGAAAGUUAAAACCAGGACACAACCAGUCUUCCAAAUGAGUAAUAAACCCAAGAACACCUCCUGAUUGAUUACAGAUUACUACAUGAUUUUAUAAAAGGGCAAUCAUUUUGGGUAGGUACUAUAAAUGCAAAAGAAAAUGUAUACGAAAAGGCUAAAAAGUAAUGGGAUAAGAAAGUGGCUUAAAAUCCUGGCCCUGUUUUACCAGUUCUGUUGUGAGGAAUCGGCCAAAAUCCUGGCAAACUUAUGUUAGAAGCUGAUUGAAUUACAAUGAUGUUGGCUCAAGUCAUGCAAAUAAAAAUUGUAAUCCUACCAUCAAAGUAAAUGUAAACUCUUGAAUUUGAAAAAAUUAAUGUUUUUUUUUCUGGCUUUUAGCAAAUACUUAAAUAUAAAUUCCCUAUAUUUCUAUUUUCGUAACUGGUCUAAAAUCAGAAAUGAGGAAUGUCACACAGGUGGAUAAAAAGUUUUAAUACAAUGUAUAUUAAUCUCUGUACAUGAUUAAGUAGAUAUUAAUAUAAAUACUACGUCCUUUUAAAGCAAUUGAUUACCUCUACUUAAUAGUACCUAAAUCUAGAAGGAUUUCUUUUUUUAAGUCUUUAUAUUUUCGUUUAGCCCAGAUUCUUGCAUCUAUAUUAUAAAAAUACCCUUAUAUGGGAUUGAUUGUGCAAUUAUUGGAUGUCAGAAUGAGAUUUGACCUCCAGUUCUGUUUGCUGUGUUAUGGUGACCUGGCUCUUAAACACACUGCAGUUAUUGAUUUGGCUGCAUCUUUAAUUUGUUUAUCCUUUUUUAAACCUUUCCACUGUUCCCUCUGAGUGAGCCCACCUAAAUGCCUGUGAGGCAGGCAGAGAGGAAGAGAGGGGGAAUUAGCCGCUGUUGUGCAGCAUAUGCGGGGAUGAUUCAUGUAUAAGAGGCAGAGCCAGGUGCAGAGCAAGCAGGAGUUCGGACCAGCACUCAGACCCAGGAUAAGCCCAGCCUCCUCAGAGCUGGAGACCCUCUCCCCGCCACGUCUCCCACCCUCACCCCGCGCCUCCCUCAGUGACAUGUACCCUGAAGAGAGCCGGGGCUCCGGAGGGGUAGCUGCUGUGGACUUCCUGGAAGGGACGUACGACUAUGCCACCCCCACCCCUGCCCCAACGCCUCUUUACAGCCACUCAAGCACUGGCUACUACUCUGCUCCUCUGGACGCCCAGGGACCACCGUCUGAUGGCAGCCUUCAUUCUCUGGGGAGUGGGCCGACCAGUCCUCUUGUGUUUGUGCCCACCAGCCCGAGGCUCAGCCCCUUUAUGCAUGCUCCGAACCACCACUAUCUGGAAACAGCCUCAACACCAGUUUACAGAUCCAGUCACCAGCCAGCCUCCAGAGAGGACCAGUGUGACACCCGUGACGAUGCAUGCAGUGUGGGGGAGCUCAGAGCAGGAGCCGGAGGGUUUGAAAUGGCCAAGGAGACACGAUUCUGCGCUGUUUGUAGCGACUAUGCCUCCGGGUACCACUAUGGGGUGUGGUCUUGUGAGGGUUGCAAGGCCUUCUUCAAGAGAAGCAUUCAGGGUCACAAUGACUAUAUGUGCCCGGCGACCAAUCAGUGUACUAUUGACAGGAAUAGGAGGAAGAGCUGCCAGGCUUGCCGUCUUAGGAAGUGCUACGAAGUUGGCAUGAUGAAAGGGGGUGUUCGUAAAGACCGCGGUCGUGUUCUUAGGCGUGACAAAAGACGGCCGGGCAUCAGUGACAGAGAAAAGACUGUUAAAGGCCCGGAGAACAGAGCUGCGCCCCAUCAUGAUAAGAGGAGACGCAGCACUGCCCUUGGAGGAGGAAGAUCUUCAGUUUCCAGCCUGCCAUCUGAACAGGUUCUGCUCCUGCUUCAGGGUGCUGAGCCUCCAAUGCUGUGCUCCCGUCAAAAACUGAGCCGACCCUAUACUGAGGCCACCAUGAUGACCCUGCUCACCAGCAUGGCUGACAAGGAGCUGGUCCACAUGAUCGCCUGGGCAAAGAAGCUUCCAGGUUUUCUGCAACUCUCCCUCCACGAUCAGGUCCUUCUGCUGGAGAGCUCAUGGCUGGAGGUGCUGAUGAUCGGACUGAUCUGGAGGUCAAUCCACUGCCCUGGAAAACUCAUCUUUGCACAGGACCUAAUACUGGACAGGAAUGAGGGAGACUGUGUUGAGGGAAUGACUGAGAUCUUUGACAUGCUGCUGGCCACCGCUUCCCGCUUCCGCAUGCUCAAACUGAAACCUGAGGAAUUUGUUUGCCUUAAAGCUAUUAUACUGCUCAACUCUGGUGCCUUUUCUUUCUGCACCGGCACAAUGGAGCCCCUUCACGACAGCGCGGCCGUUCAGAACAUGCUGGACACCAUCACAGAUGCGCUCAUACAUCACAUCAGCCAAUCAGGAUAUUCGGUUCAGCAGCAGGCGAGACGACAGGCUCAGCUGCUGCUGCUGCUUUCCCACAUCAGGCACAUGAGCAACAAAGGCAUGGAGCACCUCUACAGUAUGAAAUGCAAGAACAAAGUGCCUUUGUAUGAUCUGCUGCUGGAGAUGCUUGAUGCUCACCGCCACCACCCGGUCAAACCGCCUGAGUCUUCAUCUCCGGAUGACGACAGAAACCCUCCCUCCACCAGCAGCUCUAGUGGUGUUUGUGGGAGCAGCUCCUCAUCAGCAGGUUGUAGUUCAGGACCUCGAGGUACCAGCGAGAACCUGAUCAGAAUUCCCUCGGCUCCAGGGGUCCUGCAGUACGGAGGGUCCCGCUCUGACUGCACCCAGGUCCUGUGA